AUGGCCCAAAAUAAUGCGAGUACCGCCAGCGAUGAUGCCAGCAAGACCAUCGACGUCGCUGCCGAUGGCGACAUCAUUAUGAUCGUUGGUCCUGAGCAGCAAAAGUUCCGAGUCCACUCUAUCAUGCUCAAGUUCGCUUCGAAGGUUUUCAAAGCCAUGCUAGGUCCUAAUUUCGCAGAGGGCCGUCAACUCCGCAACAACAGCCUCCGCGGCGAAAUCACCGAGAUCAAGCUCCCGGAAGACAACGCUGAUGGCAUGAGCACCAUUUUCUAUCUUCUUCAUCAUCGUGUCGACAAAAUACCGGAAUCCUUCCCUGCUCUUGUCUUGUUCCAGAUCGGCAUCGCCGCCAACAAGUACAAUUUGGUCAUGGUCUUGAAGCACACCAUCGCCGGCGCUAUCCAUCGGACCAUCAAUGACGGCAGAGGGUUGAAAGAUAUGAGCAUGCUUGAUGUCUGGUAUCUGACCAUUUCUGCAGCCUGCUUCGAUGACCCUGCCGACUUUGCAACACUUACUCACGCCUUGGUCUGGCAUUACGGCGACGCCUUCGUCCAUUUGGUGGAGAAGGCGGCCAUCGAUGAUUUACUGGCGUAUCGCUUGUGUGGUCUUCUUGAAAUGGAACGCUCCAAGAUUCGUUCCGAAAUCUAUCGGGGAGUCCUCAUCGCGUGCUCCGGGCCAGGCCAGCGUUUUGAUGGACAUCUUACCAAGAUCGAUUGGGCCUAUAGGCCUGGUGACAAGUGGGAUAUGGCUGAGACUCUGACAAAGGGAAGCUUACACGCGAUAUGGGAAUACGUCGACGACACGGACCUGGAGUUUCACCUCUUGGAUGAUGUGCUCUACAUUGAUGACUUCAGGGAGUUGCCGUGGAUGAAAGCUGUCCGUGAAUCUGGAGUGGUGUUGCUGAAAAACGCGCGCAAGACCUGA